AUGUCCACACUAGAGAACUGCACAGAUGCGUUGCUGCAGCAGAAGGCCGUGCAGUCAAGUAAUUACGAGCGACUGGAGUCGCGACUGAUGGAGAUGGAGCGCACAAAGCGGUCGCUCUUCUUUGGACUGAAGGAAAUCAUCACCGACGUGGAGCGACGCCGGCAGGAUUUGUGUGAACUGCGUGAAGAGACCGUCCGGCAACAACAACAACUGCAGCAGAGCUCCGUGAAGUUUGGUGCCCUCGUCACUUUUAUUGGCAGCGAACAGAAGAAAUCUCUGCGGUUGCGGGAUGCACUUGAGAGUUGUGCCACGGCGUGGACGGGUUGCCCGGCGAGAGUGUCGUUGUUGUUGCGGGCCCUGCAGGAGCGGCGUGUGUUUAUGCGGCAGUUGUCGGAUGUGUUGAUUGGCCUGCAGCGACUGCGGGCUUUAGUGCAAGUCACGCGGCGGGUGGAGGCGGCAAAGACACUCCUGCAGGAACGCAUGAAUGAACAUGUGAAGAUGAGCGAACGGGUGGAGGCUGCUGUCCAGCAACAAGAGAAACAACAAACAGAAAGACUACAGUUUUUACAAGCGUGUAGAAUACGGCUAUUGAGUGAGGGAGAGGAAUUAUGGCAUGCGGCUCAACAGAAGGAACAAUGGCUCUUGUUUAUACAGUCGGCAUAUGAUCGUGCAUGUCUGGAUCACGCCGCCGCAGAGGCCCGUAAUGCUAUUUACAGAAUGGCAUUGCAAGAGGCACUCACACUCACCGACAGACACGGCGCCGUGCGGGAGCAUCUUGCAUUAACAGCACGAUUCACAGAAUGGUACUCUAUGCAGUUACGUGAGAAACGAACGAUGAUUGAAAUGUACACACAUAUCAUCAUGGAUACAUUACAGGCACAAGAGCAGCAUUUGAUAACGCAGAAGGAACUUGCAAUGGAGGAGCGCAAGAAAACAAAUUCUGCUCUAUUAUUAUCACGAGAAACACAUGUAAAGAUCUGUGAAGCGAUUGCAAUACACGAAAGACGGGCGGAGGGUCUUCGUCUCGUGCAUGCCGCCGUUCGAGCCUUCCGCCGUUGUCAAGAUCAACAACGUCUUCACAUUCACCGUGAGCGUAGAGCUCAUGAGAGUAUUAUGGAAACUGCACGAGUGGCAUAUGAACAGCGAGUGGCUGCACGGCGGUUGUUUGCCCUGCAGUGUGAGGCGCGUGAGGGACUACAAGCGGAAGAAACAUUAACACGCGGGACUAUUGAAGAGAUGGAAGGCGAUACACGUGAAGUUAUGGCACAACAACAACAGCAAGAAGAACAAGAACAACUCUUACACGAACAACAAAAACAACAACAACAAGAAAAAUUAAUUUCUAGACGUGUUGUUGCUGAGAAGAAAGAGGAAACCAUUGGUGAGGCACUCGCUCUCAUAACACCAAAGAAAGGUACGACACGGCGAUCACACACAGAGAAGAAGCGACCACGGAGUAAUACGGUAUUAUCCAGCGCGGCCAUUCGACGUACAUAUCCCAAUCUAUCUCAACAACAAAAAGAAGAAGUAGACGAAGAGGAAAUAUCACCGAAUUCUUCAGUUUCAUCUAUUGGUGCGACAAAGACAUUUGGCACGCGACUCCCACUCAGUGCACUGAAGAAGAGAACUAUGAAAGGUUCACCUCUACGCACACUUCCAAUAAAUGUGGAUAUGGCUAGUAAUAGCGGAAAGAAAAAGGAUCGUCGUGAGAAUAAGAACCACAUUACAGGGAUAAAACGAACUUAUACCUCUUCACCACUGCCGCGGCCACCUGUUAACGCGAACUCUACCUGCGCUCUCAGUACUGCUCUAAGCUCCGCAUUCACACGUUCUAAUUUUAAUAAUACUCAUACAAAUACAAAUACUGCUACAGCUGCUGCCGCUAAUCCUAGUGCGGCGACUGUUGCUGGGGGAUUGAGUAAAGGCCGUCCAUUAACCAGACCUCGUCCUUCUGCUGUGAUAACAAAGGAUGUUUGGUGUGAAGGGAAGGCAGAUGAUAUUUUUGCUGAUGUUUUUUCCUUUUAA